UGUCGAUAAUAUUCGGUUGUUCAAACUUCUUUAUGUAAGAAAUUCUUUAGAAUCGUUCUUGAGGCCCGAAUCUCUCAUGACAGUACAGGAUGAUCCGUAACAUCCGUUUAUUCACGUAAUACUGACUGUGUCAGUAACGGAUCACUCGCUAGCUGCUUAAGGGUCUAUCGAUGAUAUGGCGCAGAUUUAUGAUCAAUGUGAUUCAAACUGUUGGACUCGUGACUCAUCACUGACAUGAGUGUGUCAGAACUCGACAGAGCUCAAAUAGAGAUCGCUGUGUUACCUUUAUGAACUAUAGAAGCACGCGCAUGUCAUCGCAAACUCAUCUUGCAUUCGCGAGUACAGCCGUUGGCAUAACAUCUGUUAUUCAGGUCCCAACUCUCUCUCCUGGAGCCGGUGAGGUGAUGGUAAAAGUCGCAUUCAGCGCAGUCAUACCCCUUGACACAUACAUGUCCGAUUAUGGUCGAAUCAUAAACGGCCAAUACCCAGUCGUUUUAGGCUUCAAUCUUAGUGGAGUUGUAGAAGCUGUCGGCUCCGGUGUGGACGACUUGCAGGCGGGAGACAAGGUUUGCGCAGUUGCAUUGGCAGGAUCGAAGGAGAAGGGUUUACAAGAACGUGCAGUUAUACAAAGGUCCACCUGCGCCAAGCUCCCCGAUGAUUACUCGCUCGAAGCAGCUGCAACAAUUCCUGACAACUUCAUAACUGCAUUUUACACGCUGUUCGAUUGUUUGGGGACUUGCUCCGCCAACACUCCGAUCCUCAUUUAUGGUGCGGGAGCUACGUCUGGUCAAUAUGCUGUUCAGCUGUUGGCCCUUGCUGGGUACAAGCAGGUCAUUGCAACCGCAUCUCCUCGUCACCAUUCCUACCUCAAGUCUCUUGGCGCCGCCCAUGUCGUAGACUACAGCGAUGAUGACAUGGCCGAGAAGAUCCUACUUGCCGCAGGCAAAAACGUCCAAUUUGUUUUGGACUGCAUCAGCGCCGAGGGCACGCUCAAGAGCAUAUCUAGUGUCGUUAGCUCCGACGGUGUGGUAGCUAUGCUAUUGCCAGUGACGGAAGGCAGCAGGCGUGUUGCAGGGAAAGACACGCAAAUGUGGAUGGAAUUACCGGUGAAACUUGUAGGCGUGAGGACGCUGCUGUAUCAACAGAACGAGUACCUUCGUGACAACCUGAUGCCGAAGAUUCUCCCUCGACUGUUGGAGGAAGCCAUUAUUCAACCUAAUCGAGUUCGUCUAUUUGAUCAAGGAUCACUGCAAGAUCGCUGCCAGGAGGCUCUUGAUGUAGUACGGAACGGACAAGUGAGCGGAGAAAAAGUUGUUGUGAAAGUAGCAUCUAUGUAACUCUUGAUUGUAGUACUAGGCUAAUUGACGCAAUCUUAUCUUAUCACAAGUUCUCAUGAUAUGUAGCACCUAGUCAUUUUCGG